ACACCUACGGAACAGAAACUGAGGUGAUUCGGAGGAAAGAGGUGCACGGAAUCGUUAGUCGUCUUUUAUCAAUGGCUUUACUUUUGGCCUUUUACCAAAUUAGGAUUCAAAUUUCGAAAGUCAGCGAUGGUUUAUUAGAGUAGAGGGAGUGAACCGUUACUUCAACCCGGUUAAUAUUGGGAUUCAAAUUUCUAAAGUCAGCGAUGGUUUAUUAGAGUAGAGAGAGUGAACCGUUACUUCAACCCGGUAAACAUAUAACCGGGAUAAAGCAAUUGAAUUUGAAACGACACUUGAGAGUUUAUUUAUUACAUCUUCUUCGACUUCCUCUCCUAAGAAGUAAGAACAGUCACUCAUGGCGUUUCAUCUACUCAGACCAAAACAAAGGUUCGACUUGAACCCAUUUCUGAUCCGUAUUUUCUCAACAUCCUCAUCAAGCCUACCCUCUCAAUUACCGUCGAACUUCUUUACUAAGAAACCUCUCGUCGACCGGGCGAGGGAUUCAGGCAAUGUUUUUGACCGGUUUGCUAUUAAUCGAUAUCGGAGAGAGAAACCUGAUGAAAUACAAAGCGAGGUUUUAAUAACAGAGCAGCCAAAGGAAGAAAAAAGGAGGAGACCUGGAAGACCCAAGAAGAAACAACUAGUAGAGAAGAAACCACCAUUGGACGAAAAGAAAAGCAGAGCUGCAAGUAUAGCAAGGAAAACUUUUACUGCUUUUGGUAGCUCUCUACAAAAUGCACUAAAGAAUCAUCCUGAUUACAUAUGCAGUGUGACGCAUGCAAUGGAUGUUUUAAAUGGUCUACCUAGAGUGAAGAAGUGGUUGCCUUUAUACCGUGCUUCCAUGGACCAUCUGAUGGCUGAUGUAGCUCACCGCCAAGCCUUUUUAACAGUCUCUGAUCCUGAGGAUAUGAUUCGCUACUUGAGGUAUAAGACCCAAAAAAUGAAGAGGGAGUGAUUGCUAUUUGCCUUGGUGACUUGUUUUCAUGUUUUUUGUCUUCACUUUUUGUUACUACUCUUUGCUUUGAUUUGCAAUGUAGUAGUGCUGGUUACUUCUAUCAUUGAAUAAGAAGAUGGCUGAACAUUUGAAAAAAAAAUCAACGCAAGCUUGCCUUUGGCUUGACAAUUUUAUUACAACGAGAGUGACAAAUAUAAACUCAAAGAAAGGUUAACCCCUGUUUCUCCAUUCAAAC